AGUAAGGCAACAUUGACGUCAACAACCUAUCUUGAUAUAGCCUAACAAGAAAAAAAAAACUACCAGAAAAAAAACAGUAGGCACCAAUUGAGUGGCACCUCCAAAGACCAAUCAGAUUGCCGGUAGCUAAAGUUCUUUAAAAGGUCUGCUAAUCGGUAUGCGGUGAGGGAGGGGGAGUGACACUGGGCGUUAGCGCGAGGUUAGGUUGACAUCUGGUUACCAACAGAAGGUUACGAGUUAAAAAAUUGGAUUAUUCGAUCAUCUGACUAGCCUCACGUAAAGGCGAGAGAUACUGGACGGUGUGAGGGGUAAACGAAACGGAUUUCUUAUCAAACCGAGGCCACUCACUCACCUUGACGGCUCCGUGUUUUAGAGGGAGACACCUUCUCGCGCAUAGGUCGUUGAACUCGCGAUGCUCGAUAGAUAGCUGCAGCAUGUUGCUGCCGAGUUAAAGAAAUCCCAAGUUACAGCUAGAGGGUAGCCGUCUCUCGACAGUGGGCUACAUCCCCACGCUAUUGGAAUUGUUUGCGGGAAAUUGGAUAGUCUGCACGCUGGCCCUAGUCCUCCUCUGUCGAUGGUUUGGUUUACGCUUCUGUAACUGUGUCAGAUCGUUGUAAACCCUUUCGCUUGAACCAGUAUCUGGCAAAAUUACGGGACUUAUUUACAUUGAGCAUUGGCGCGGUACCCAAGGCUACUUCACUUCGGGGGGAAAAUGGACCUUAUAAUGCGCAGAAUUAUUGCAUGAUCGCCUUCGCAACAGCAUUUUGCCACGGAUUAAGUGCAUUUCGAAAUUGAUUGUACGUCAAACUUUUGCUUUUUGCCAAAAUCAAUGCAGUAGCCUAACACACCGGAUCCUACUGAAUGUUUCUGGUGGACUCCCUUGAAGAAGACAGCAUCAGACUUUUGUCUGUUCUGCACGUGCAGUGUUAUUGUUGGAUUUAGCUCAGAUUUGUUUUUCUCGUUUAUCACAAAGGAAAUGUAGGAAUAGCCUACUCCUACAUAGAAGAAAUGUAAUCAGUUCUGUGAGAUGACGGGUGUAGGCUAUAUUCUGAGUAGUGUAUUGUGUGAAGGCUUAAAUGGCAAUAUUGUAAUAGCCUAACCCAUGUACACUUGACUAUAAUUUGUUUGGAUUGAAGCUUACUCCUGGUAGGCUAUUGCCAUAUCUGAGUCUAAAUGUUUGAAAAACAGAAUAAUUGAGUCUUGCAGUGUUUUUUUCCUGCAUUUUAGUUUAACCAUAGCCCUGGUGUAAAUGGAUGCUAUGCGAUAGGUCAUAAUAAAUUUUUAAAGUUUCAUGGUUAAAGUUUCAUGGAGUGAUGCUCGUGGUCUCUAAAGGGGCUAUUUAUGACCCCGCCAUCUCAAUGGGGAGUCAAGUGGAUCACCAACUUCCUUGGAUGGUGGAAAGUUUGUAGCGAGCAGUUUUUCAAGCAUCCUUUCAAUCCGAAGUCAGCGGAUGGACAACAAGAGCUCGUGAGAGAUGUCAAUGGCGUCCGCACGGCACAGGGCAGCGUCAGUUCGCCGCCGUCACCGUACUUCGAAGAGAUCGGCGGUUCUCUGUACCGCAAAAAGUUGGAGAGGGGUUUUGUUCAGUACCGAGAGGUACUGGCCGAAGAGAAGAGACUGAACGCCAUCGCUACUUUCCAUCAGAAGCGACCGGGGAGGAGACACCACACCCUUGAGGACACAUACAGAUUCGUGGCAGAGCACUACUGGUGGGAAGGAAUGUACCUUCAGGUGAGGGAGUAUGUCCUUGGGUGUGAGGAGUGCAAACUCAGGAAGGCCGACAGACAAGAGGGCCGCUGUGUGUCCAGGAUGGUGAUGUCACACAGCCAGGAAGUGCUGAGCAAGCUGAAGGCGCAACAGGAGGCAGGACUCUUCUGUGACAUCACGCUGAAGACGGGCGGUGGCCACGCUUUCUCUGCCCACAAAGCUGUUCUGGCUGCCGUCAGCGAAUACUUCCAGGAAGUUUUUACUGAAAUGGACUCUGCUGCUGUUCCACGAUCAUACAUUGAUCUUACAGGAUUCAGUGAGGAGAGCUUCAUGCCCUUGCUGGAGUUUUCCUACACCUCCACGCUGACUCUGAAGCUUGAGAACCUGCCUGAGGUGUCCACCAUGGCCAGACACCUCCGCAUGUGGCCAGCUCUGGAGGCCUGCAAAGCCAUCCAGAGGGAGAAUGGAUCCCCAGGGGCAGUGCACCGCGCUGGGCUUCCUCUUUCUCUGGCCCCUGGGUGUCCUCCUCUGGAGCUGCCUAACAGCCGACGGACCUUCCCUUCAUUUGCACAACGAGCGGAUGCGUUUCAGUGGAAGAGAAAGAGGGAGCUGAGCAGCGAGGAGAAUGAUGGUGACGACUACCACCACCACCACCACCAUCAUGCAGGACCAUUGCGGAACUGUGCUGCUCAGUGCAGGGAACACAAUGCCGACGGCAACUUUAAGCUCACCCUGGAUGAUUCCGACGAGUCCGAAGGGGAGUGCUCCAGGUGGCCAGGCCUGUCCCAGCCUCAGCACAGACUUCAGUCCAGCCACCCUCAGCCCGAGGAGAACGGCUUCCCCUGCAGUCCCACCCGCAGGCUGAAGCUGAUGGACUUCAAAUCUCCGUCCAGCAAGAGGAAACUGUCCACGUGCAGCCUCUCCCCCACGCCUGGUUCCGCUUCCUCUUCAUUUGCAGCCAAACGCACUUCUCCUCCUCAGCCCAGGGCCGUGCGCGGACAGCCUGCCCGCCUUCUCCGCUCUACCCCCGGGGCUGCACUUGCACUGCGAAGGCUCCUGCCCAAGCUGGACAUCUCCUUCAAAGGCAAAAGGAGACGCUUGGGCUCCUCCUUUUGCUCCAGCUCCACUGCCACUGCUUCCUCCAAGGGUUUGAGUCACAGGCACAGCAGUCCUCCUGAGAUUCAGGCGGCUGAGGUAGAUCAGAGCCAAGUGACCGGGCUGGUCACCCCAACAAAGGUGAAGCAAGAACCGGUGGAGGAAGAGGUCCAGGGUGCCCGCGUGCAGGAAGAGGUGCUGAGCCCGCGGACUCAAGAGAAGUACCGUCUCCUCAGCGUCCUGGGCCUGCAGAGGAAAUCCCUGCUGCCCGGUCCAGAUGCCCUCACUGGCUGGAAGCAGAAGAACCGCCUGAGGAAACCUAAGGUCAACAAUUACUCGCUCACUGCCCGGCGGAAACCGAAAGCCCAAGGCAGUGAAUUGGCACCAGGGGCGAUGGCGGGUGGCAUUGGGUCCAGCAUCGGCGUCCUGGCCGAGAUCAACCCAACGUUCUCGCUCUGCGACAUGACCAGGGUGGAGCUUUUGCGGAGGGUGAUCAAGGCCGAACCCCCAGAGCUCAUCAGGCCUGAGAACAUGAAGCUGAAGAAGAAGGUGGCCGUCCACGACAACAAGCCCCUGUUGUCCACUGUGAAGAACACCCGCAGCAAGGUGACACUCCCACCGCUUCUGCCCACUCCCUGCAAGCGUCCGGAGGACCGCGUGCCACAGGAGUACAGGCGUUCGAGAGAGAUGCCGCGUGCCCAGGCCAAGUCGGCCAAAUGGCCACCUGGAGCCCCAAAGAAGCCCGCUGUCAAGGUCAAACAGGAGCCUGUGGACUGCCCAGUCUUUGCUCCCACAGUCCACGUCCCGCAUCGCAAUUCCAGCCACGUGAGGCAACGAGUGUCUCUCACACCUCCCCCCAGAGCCAAAAAGUCUGCCCUGAGUGACGGUGUUGUGCACACGCGGUCGUCAGGCAUGACUGGACGCACGCAGAGGUAUAACAGCAGGUGUCUAGCAGUGCAGCAGAGCCGGCAGAAGUGUAGCACCGGCUCCUCGGACAAGUCUGGUUUGCAGAGGGGUAAGGUGAAACGACGGCUGAGGGAGAUGGGAAAGGGAGAGGAGAGCCAAGAAUGGGGCCAACACCACAGUCUCCACCAGCACCCUCAAUACAAAGCCAUCAAGGAAGAGCCAGCGGACCCCCUUCCGCUGUCAGUCCCGCUACCCGAUCAGGAGACGCCGGAGCUGGGCAAGCGGCAGAGCAAGCUGCCAGUGAAGCUGCUGGAUCCCGGCUUCCUGAUCAGCUUCUGCAGGCCAGCGGCCGGCAUCAAGAGGGAGGAGGAGAGCGUGGACAUCUGCCUGACCCGCUCCGUUGCCCAUGGCACCGUGCCCCCCGGCAGCCCGGCCCACGGGAGCGUCCUGAGCGCCGGGCGGCUCCGCAGGAGGGACGUGGCCGACAGGAGAGGAGUGGAGAUGAGGCCGAGGCUGCGGCGGGAAAGGCAGGCGACGCAAGCGGUGGCGGCGUUUCAGCGCAACACCAAAGCGCUCCGGCGCAAGGUCAAGAAGGAGCCGGCGGAGAGGAGCGUGAGUCAGAGGGUCAGCCAAGGUCACGCUCGCCCACCUGCAACCAAGAAGAGGUCAGACACGAAGAGAGAACCCACAAAGAAUCUGGCCAAGCUUCUGCCGCUGCACAGCCGGCGUUCCAUCCUGCUGGAGUCCAUCCGGCGGGCGCGACUCAAGCAGCUGCGCGGUCCUAGUGCCCAGGCCCCACGCGGGUCCCACGCCUGCCAGCAGUGCCGCGCCUCCUACAGAGACUGCGAUGCACUCAUCAUGCACCGUAUCCGCCACAUCGAGGGCAAGCACUGGCCCUGUCCGCUGUGCAGCAAGACCUUCUUCAGCCAAAAGAAUGUCAAGAAUCAUAUCCGGAAUCAUGACCCCAAGUUGUACAGAUGUCGUCAGUGUAUGGUGGCCAUGUCCUAAGGAGGGACAUCAGCAGUAACAUGAAUCCUGAUGAAGAUAUCUUGCACGUAUCUGGAGAGCAGGAGCAGAGGGUUUCUAGUUCUAACUUUGAAAGAGCAAGUGGCUCUUACUACUUAAUAUUGUGAAGGUGGAAGGAGUGAGAGUGCUCUAUUUUGCUUUAAAUACGAUGGCUGUGAAGACAAAGAAUUGGUCACGUAUGAGAAUAUGCUGAAAUGAUAGAUGUAAUUAUUGCUAUUAUUACUGUAAUGAUUAAUAUUAAUAUUGUGGCUCCAUCCAUCCUUAUUAUUGUUAUUUAAAUGACCAAAAUGAUGUUGUAUUUUUAUGGCUACAGGGGUGUAACCUGAAACCAGUGGUAAUGCACUCAGGGUGGGGUGGAUUCUGGUUCUUAUGGUUACAUAUGUAUAUUGUGAAAUGUUCAGAAGGUUUGAAAUAAUGAUAACUACUAUUGUAAUUAGGGUCUACCGUUCUUAAUGUUAUUAUGCUGAUUUUUUAAAAUAUAAAUAUAGUUAUUUUGAGUGCACUUAAACUGGUAGCUUUGUUUUAAACCUAAGAGGCCCUUGUUGGAUAAAGAUGUGGACUGGGAUAUACUUGAAAGGUGGACAGUGUUUGUUGUGUUUAAUAUGGACUGCUAUUGCUGUCAUUCUUGUUGGAUGGACAGACUUUAAUAGAUGCAGGGAGGGGGAAGGUGUCUCUUUAACAGGUGGAGAGUGUAAAGAUUGUUCCUAAGGUUUUAAUAAAGAUUAUUGCAAGCCAUGAGUGUAUAGAGAAAUAUUCUACUGAUGGUGGGUGGGCUUUUGCCCACUUGUUUAGGAGUUGUCGUGUAUCAGUUGAAUUGGUUGUUGACUGUAGCCCAAGAGCUUGGAACCCAGAGCUUUAGAAUUGAUUGGAAACAGAAACGGAUGAUUUUAGGUGCAGUUGUCCUCCUUUGAAUGUCCCUAGUGAAUUGUGAAGGUUGUUAUUCCUGCUUGUGUUUUGGAUGAACUGGUCAGAGCUAAUAUCCAAUGGCAGGCUCUUCAUAAUUAACCUUGUGUCUACUGCCUAUACUUUUGCAUAAGGGAAUACUGCCAUAUUGAUAAUGGUUGAUUUUUGACAAUGUAAUUGACACAAUAUACUACUUCUUUGUUCUUAUAAAUCUCAAAGGUUAUUUGCCACCUUUUUGUAUUUAAAAAAAAAAUCCCCUUACAUUUGCUUUGAUGAGCUUAUGGAGAGAAACAUGUAAAAUGUAUAGAAUGUUGUUUUUGUCUAACAGUCUAGCUGGGGUUCAGCAACUGCAACAAGACUGAAAUUGAAUAAAUUUCGCAUUUUCCACUUGGGAGUGUC